AUGCGCCCAAACACCACCACUUCGACUUCCCCGCGUAUAGUCUCCGACAGCAGGAUGUCCGUGAAAGAUAUAACCGCCGCCUUCACAAAGGCCAGUUCAGUCCUGAACACCGGCCAGCUCGUCAAGGAUGAAUUCUUCACGCUGUUUGAGGCAGUGGGGGCGCUGGAGAUCAUGGAUGAGAAAAUGGACAGCGGAUACCUGGCGCCCGGCGAAACACUAGAUGACGACUACGACGUCCGGCGGCAGCUACUCCCAGCGGAAGUCUUGGGGAUUAUGGACCAACUCUUGAGCCAUGAGGUUGCCUGGCAUUCCGGCCAUCCCCUCCCACAGACGCUGUUUACUUCUAUAUACCUCGAUCGGAUGCUGUGGCCCGUUCCCAAGUCAUUGGAGGAGGCGAGGUUUGACCGUUCGGCUAGUAAGCAGCAGGCGAACUCGGAUCAUAGGAGUGAAGAGGAAAGGCAGGGGAAAGCGGAGGGCUGUUCUGAGGGCCAAUGGGAUGAACUCGUCAAUCUUGUGUUGAGGGCGUAUUGCUUGGCCCUCAUUAAGGCGUGUGACCGUGUAAACUACAAAGUCAGCUCGGAGUAUUUUCAUGAGGAAGAGGAUUUCGUCACACAGCUCUAUAACCGCAGUUUGCUCGCCGAUGUCGAAUCAGCGAGUAUCCAGGCCAUUCUCGACGAUGCCCUGUUCUGGCUGGAAACGCAGAGGCAGGAACAAAGGGACACCAUUGACAACGCUCUCUUCGAAGCUCUCGUCCACCGUCUUCUAUUCCGCCGAGAGCUCCUCUCUGGUCUAGAUAUGGAUACGGUGCCUGCCAAACAGCGGUCCACGCAGCCCUUCCUGGCCGCUCUUCGUCAACUUGGUAGAAUCGAGAAGUCGAUGCACCUGGGCAAACCGGUGCCAGAGGCGUUUAGCUUGAAGAUCCAGCGCCGGUUGGCAAGUACCGUGCCACCUAGGCCGAUGGUUCAUGUUAGUGCCGCAGAUGCUAUUGCGCACAUGAAGCGGUUUUGUCAGGAUGCGGUGGAUGUGCAGCAGAUUUUGGAAUAUCGGGGGCCUUAUAAUUUACAGACAUUGGUUUGGACGUUGCAAUCUCGCAAACCGCAGCCAUGCGUCUAUAUCCGAUCUCUUGUUCAGUCGCUUCUCGUACAUGAUAUGGAGAUCUUAGGCUCGGUGGCUGUGAAAGAUUUCUUCUUUGAUAGUCUUGCUGAACUUGUCUUGCCCUAUAACCAGCUGCUGGACCGCAAGAAUGAGGAAGUGGAGGCACCGUCGGAUUCCCGGUUUCAGAUCGCAAAGCAUAUGAAUAAUUUCGUUAAAAAGGCUGCUCAGCCGUUUGUCGAUACCUAUCGGACUGCGUGCUUGAAUCGGUGUCGAGUUCGCCGCACGCUCUGCCACUCCAUUAUUGAUUGGGAUGCGCUACAGGCAGAGGCCGAAGAUUUCGAUGUCCAUCUGCGCACUUUAACUUUGGAGCCACACAUUAUCCUCCAUGGCAGCGAACCCACCUACGCCUACCCGCUAAGUAGCUGGGCAUAUCAUGAAAAGCUCCGCCAGCUCCGUCUCAUCCUCCAACUGGGCUUCGAACUUUCGAUAUACUCCCCCGAAGAAAUGCCAGGGAUGUACUGGUACCUUUCGCACCUCUGCUCAACACAUCUCGCUCACCUCGAUCGCAUCCGUUCUUGUGUACUAGCUGCAAAUAAGAGAACCGCACCGUCCCCAUCACAAACACAAAUGCAACAAAACCCUAAAUCGAAUUCCAACGCGACCGCUGCAGAGCAGCACCGACAGGACUUCCAGAAAACAAUCUCCCUGCUCGACAGACUCACAACCGAACUCAUCGCCAUCGACGCCUUCGCCAUCGCCUUGCACGCCCUUUACGUCCUCCUAGCCCGCCACCAGCUACUCCCAUCGAUAUACCUCCCCUCCUCCACUCUCUCCGCACAUAAACAGACGCAGACCCAAAGACAGCACCCCACCUACUCCUCCGACCGUCUCCGCUACGAACUACGCAUGAAACCCUUCCUUGCCAUCCCGCUACCGGAGCUUGUCCCCUUCGACACCUUCGAGCAGGAGGCGGGGUUAGUCGGGGAUAGCGACGCCGUCGUUCUGGAGAGGGCGUUGCGGGCCGUUGCGGAGGCGAAAAGGGGGAUCGAGAAGUGUUUGGCGGCCGGCGCGUUUUUGGAAGUUGGGGUCGAUCGCGCUGGCGAGCAGGAUGGUGAUGCUGGUGACAACGACGACGAUGACGACGACGACGUUGGUGAGAAAGCGAGUAAGAGCAAACCGAACAAGCUGGACGGAAAGGAUAAGUGUGCCAAUCCAGAAACUGAACCUGAACCCGCACCCCGACUGCUCCAGGAUGACUGGAUAGGUGAUAUGAAAGAUUCGCUGCGCGCGUGUAUUGGGGCGAGCAUUGCCAUUGGCACGGUGAAGAAGGCUAUUUCUGCUUCGAGCGAUGAAAAUGGUGAUCAACGGCCGAAACUGAAUCUAUCCGUUGACGUCCCACCUGUUGGCUCGAAGGGGCGCUGGCAUGAUUGGUGGGCUGUGCCGCGUGUUUCAGAGGUAUUGCCGGUGCGAAGCUUUGGGGGGUAG